CUCCUUCUGGUCUUUAUGUCAAGAAUAGAACAAUAAGAAGUGGAGCAGUGCCCUGAUAUCAGCUGCUGUUGAUGCAGAUACUGCCUUUACAUCAUUACUUCUCUAAAGAAACCACAGUGGAAACGUGACUGACCGCCUAAAGUGUACAGGACUGUAAAUGUCAGGCUGUCCAGCAGAAUGAGUCGGAGGAAGAGGAGGAACAGUCGCAGAAGGAAGAGCUCCAGCAGCAGUAAACAAUGCAUCUCUCCAUAUAAUUUUCAGAGGCACACUAUGGUGGACACUGUGGAAACUGCAGAGAAGGGAGAAACUGACUCUUUCUGUAAAGAGCAUGAACUGUCAGUGUCUGAAGACGAGAAAGAGACUGAGACUCCAACCACGGAGAAAAAAAACAGAACACGGAGUUGUGACGAUUUCUUCCAGGACAAAAAGAACAAAGACAGACAAAAGCCAAACCCAGAACCAACAGGCCCAGGGUUAAAAAUCACACAUUCUGUGACCAUCGAUAACUUUGGACUGUCUUCCCCCAGAGUUGUGUUCGACCGAUGCCAUGAAGCAACUGUUAGUAGUGUGAUAGCAGUCACUACCACUGAGGUAAAAUGCAUGAGCCCAAAUAUGAAGCUUGAGAUCAAUGUCGUGACAUCAGAUGAUUCAAAUAUAAAGACCACCUUUAUUCUUCACAACUGCAGAGACAAAAGAGAAGAAGCUCAUUUUAGAACUGAGAAACGUCAAUCUCUAAAAAAUACCCACGUGUGUUCAUGGAACCGACAAGGAGCAGAUGACAAACAAAACACCAGUGAGAAUUUUAGCUAUACGAUUAGCAUUGCUGAGCUAAAUGCAGAGUCAACACAUGAUUCGAAGAGUCAGAGCUCGUGGGAUGACCCCAAAGAAAUGGCUUGCCGUAAAAGCUGCUGUAAAAAUAACUUCCAUUGGGUGAACACAGGUGGCCAGACGGACACAGAUUUCACACUGGUUGAUGGAUCCUCUAGUUGCUCAUCACCCUCUGAUUUCUGGCAACAUCAGAAACAGCGCUCACUGCCCAGUGUUCUUGACAGCAUCUGA